AAACUUCGUGGAAGCUACACUCUCAAGAGCAAUGGACCUGCUAUUCAUGCCUUCACUGCAUCCAUUUAACCCCCUUCACCUUCCUCUCUCUUUCCCCUCAACAAACCCUCUUCUUAUUCUCUUCUUCUCCUUCUUCUCAUUUUCAUUCUCUCAAUUUUCUAACAAACUCAAUGAAGUUCAUUAACCCUAAAAACCUCUCUCCCAAACGUCUCUUCCGUUCCAAAAAGGAAAAAUCCUCAGUCUCAAGAUCCGACCCACCUUCAUUCGGGUCAGCAUCUUCAUCCGAUGAAUCCACUCACAAAACCGUUGCUGGUGGCUCACAAACACCUACCAGCGUCCUUCCGGAAGACUGGUCUGAUGUCAACGUCGACGUUCAGUGGGAGCUUGCUCAAGCUUUUCGUUUAAUCGACCGAGAUAACGACGGCGUCGUUUCGCGUCAAGAACUCCAAGCAGUUCUCACGCGCCUCGGUGCGCGUCCUCCUAGUUCCGAAGAAAUCGAGAUGAUGCUUAGCGAAGUGGAUAGCGAUGGUAGAGGCUUCAUUAGCGUGGAAACGAUCAUGAACCGGAUUAGCUCCGGUUCUGGAUCGGGUAACGGAUCCGGAUCGGGAUCCGGUUCGGGUUCGGAUCCGGAGGAAGAACUUAGAGAAGCGUUUGAGGUAUUUGAUACGGAUCGAGAUGGGAGAAUCUCGGCGGAUGAAUUGUUGAGGGUUUUUAGAGCGAUUGGGGAUGAACGGUGCACGUUAGAAGAGUGUAGGCGUAUGAUAGCAGGUGUUGAUAAAAACGGGGAUGGGUUUGUGUGUUUUGAAGAGUUUUCUGUUAUGAUGGAGUUGCAACGGUGAUGAUGAUGAUGAUUGUGAUUGUGAUGUUAUCUGAUGAAGAUGAUACCAUCAUCAUCAUGAUAUAAAAAAUUACCAUAUAAUAAUAAUAACUAAAAAAAUUUAAUAUAAAUAUUAUUUUAAUAUUAUUAUUAUAUGAAGAAAUUAGGCAACUUCUUUGA